AUGUCUGCAGAAUGGAGUCUGUCAUCUUGGAAAUCAAAAUCAAUUGCCCAGGUUCAUGUUUUUUUUUUUUUGGUCUCCAUUCUUCUUGUACUUUUGAAGCUGGAGCAAUUACCUCCACUGGUGAUGCUUGCUGAAAUCAAACACCUCUGGUACCAACUGGGUCUUGUACAGUGGAAUGAUGUGUUCCUCUUGCAUGCUGGCAAUUGUGCAGAGAGUUUUGAUGCCUGUACCCAGGUUACUCAACAGUUGAUUCUCUUCUUGAUCAUGAUCAGUCUGAUCCUCAUUUGGGGAGCACGUGUUCCGGUUGUGCGAAUUGGGUGCAUUGCAGGGCAGUAUGCGAAACCGAAGAGUAGUCCGACUGAGAUUGUUAAUGGGAAAAAGGUCCUGAGCUUCAGAGGGGAUAAUGUCAAUGGACUGGAUCCAAACGACCGCACUCCGGACCCACAGCGUCUCUUAAGCGCUUAUCUCCAUUCGACCGCAACGCUGAACCAUGUCCGUGGAUUGCUCACCUCCGGAUUCGCCUCGCUUCAUCACCCGAGGGUCUGGUCUUCAAUCAUGAAGGAAUUCGAGUUCAUCGUCGAUGGACUUUCCGAUGCGCUCGACUUCAGCUGGACGAUCGGAGCAGAAAGAUCGGCUCCGUUCGAGCAAGGAGGAGGGAGAGGAACCGUCGGCGAGGUCGACUUUUAUACGAGCCACAAAGGUUUGAUCCUCGACUAUGAGGAAGCCUUGACUCGACCAUCCCCGUCGGGCCACGGUUACUACAGGACUUCCGCUCACUUCCUUUGGAUUGGGGAUCGUACCAGACAGCUUGACGGCGCCUACGUUGAGUAUUUUCGAGGGAUUCGUAAUCCGAUUGGGAUCAAAGUCGGGCCAUCGAUGGCUUAUGGUGAGCUAGCAGUACUGCUUGAUGUUGUCAAUCCAUCCAAGGAGCUCGGGAGGAUAACCCUGAUCUCGCGCGAUGCUCACCUACCAGGCCAUAUAGAGGCCGUGAAGCGGUCGGGCCAUCCAUUCGUCUGGAUCUGCGAUCCUAUACAUGGCAACACUCUCACAUCACCGACAGGCUACAAGACCCGCCACUUCAGCGCCAUCAUUGGAGAGAUCACAUCCUGCUUGAGGAUCCACACAUCGUGCGGUAGCCGGCUAGGCAGUAUCAGCCUCGAGUUCACUGGCGAACUGAACGAUGAGGGGUUCAGCGUUACCGAGUGUCUCGGUGGGAGCAUGGGGCUGAGUGAGGAGCAGCUCGGGCUGAGAUACCAGUCUUUCUGCGAUCCUCGGUUGAAUUUUGAGCAGAGUCUCGACGGUGCAUUUUUUCUGUCGAACCAUUUCAAGAAGGUCGGAAGUGAUUGUGAUGUUAUCUACUCUCAGAAGGCACCAGUCAAGGGUGAGAAAGGUGGGAAGAACAAGGACAAUGUCGAGAGCGAGGACGAUGGCGAGGCUGAUGAAGACGUCGGCACAAGCAAGAAGGGCACGAGUCCACCAGCAGUGUAG